AUCUGAGAGCUUCACCAUAGAAGGAGACUCUUCAUGCGCGCAGAUCAUCCAAACACACCGACCAAAGCACAGCAGAGCUUCACCACCGUCUGACAGCAGUUUAACCUCUGCUUCACAGACUGAGCCUCAUAACUCUGUCAUCUCCUAAUGUCGAUAAUUAAGACUGUUUGGUUAUUUGAAUGAUUGACGACAAACAGUGAAGAUAAUCGCUCACUGAUUCUUCGCACUUCUGACCGCCUUAUCAGAUUCAUGUUCUUUCAAGGAGAAGGCGAGAAGCGAGUCUUUCUACUGACACAGUAAAAUACGCGUUUUUCUCUUUAUCCAGAUCAGAACAGGGUUGAGGAGAAACGCUUCCAUACACGGUGCUGGAGGUGGAGGUUUCCAGCUGAUCGUGAUUGAUCUCCACUCAUGAAGGGCAUGGAGAUGUUGCGCCGCUCCUCAGUGUUUGCGGCUGAAGUCAUGGAGGUGUUUGAUCGCUCUCCCACGGACAAGGAGCUCGUGUCUCAGUCCAAAGUGUUGUGUAGGGAUUAUAUUCACUCCAGACUGCACCGGGCUGGAAUCGGGUGGUCGAAACCAGAACACGGGUCUGGAGGAACCCUGGCUGAGGUGUCUUCAGUCCUGCUGUGGUUGGGUGAUGAGCUAGAGUACCUGCGUCCCAACGUCUACCGCAACGUAGCUCGACAGCUCAACAUCACAAUAGCCUCUGAGAAUAUCGUCUCUGAUGCCUUUCUGGCCGUCGCUGCUGAAAUCUUCUCCACAGAAUAUAGUCGAAAAGGUUUGGAAAAACAUAAGGGUGUAACAUGGGGGAAGAUUGUGUCUCUGUAUGCAGUGGCUGGAGCUCUAGCUGUGGACUGUGUUCGGCAUGGACAUCCAGCAAUGGUGCACACUAUCGUCGACUGCAUGGGCGAGUUUGUUCGCAAAAGCCUUGCGUCAUGGUUAAAGAAGAGAGGAGGCUGGGCGGACAUAACAAAGUGUGUCGUCAGUACAGACCCCAGUUUCCACUCUCACUGGCUAGUAACGGCCGCCUGCGCCUGCGGUCACUACCUUAAGGCUGUGGUUUUCUACCUGCUGAGAGAGAAAUGAAGAGCAGAAUCAACAAGUGACGGACAGAAAGAGCUUUCUAGUCACUGCUUAAGCCUUUCACUGCUCUUGAUGUGUUUACACUUGCACAAAGUUUGCACUUUUCCUUUAAAGGAUAUUCUUAUGCUCCAAGAUGAACCAUUAUCUUUAAAGGCGUUGUUGAGUGUUUAACCUGGCCUUUUGCACUCUGUAGGCAUUCCUUGCUGUUACCAUUUUUUUAUUGAACCUAAUGUUGAUAUGCAGAAUACCAAGCCCUGCGGGAUGCAUCUGAAAGAAUGUUAUCAUGAUGUGUGUGUAUAUAUAUGUUUGUCUGUUCUGUCAGUGCUGCCUUGUCCAACAUUGUCUUAUCACAAUGUUUUUUAUAUCAUUGGAGAUUGCUAAAUAUUAAGAUUGGUAAGUGUAACUGAGACCCACAGUGUGGUGAGAAAAUGGCCAGGGGUUAUUUAGAAAACAGUUCUGAGUGAAAACUGUUAAUGAAAUGAGAAUGUAUGUGGGAUGAUAAAGAACAAUAGACAUUUCAGUUAAUGUCAAAUUUCAAGCUGGGACCUGUCAAGUAGUAUUUCAAGGGUUCCCACUCUAAACUCUUAAAUUCCCUGACCUUCACUGAAUAAAAGGCUUUUCCAAUAAAAAAGUCAAAAUUUCCAAUAUUUUAAAUGAGUAGGAAAACGGGCAGCUGUUGUGUUGUCCCUCCAGAAUUUUGUAAUCGCUGAAUUGAAUGCAAAAUUAAGCAAAGGAUUUACAAUUUAGAGGAGAUUGGAGAUUCUGUAAUUGUUGCAAAUUUUCUUUUUGUUUGCAAGUUUUACAUCAAAUCCAGGCCUCGUCCAGUGUGUGAUAUCUUGGGUUGUCAUAGACCUGACAGGGUGUAUGAUCUGCUUUAGACACAUCAUGUGACAUCAUCGCAACACAAAUUCAGCCAGUCUAUUUGAACAAGGCUACAUUUGUUGAGAAAGUCAGGCAUUUUAGGCCACAAUCAUCAGAAAUCUUUUCCACAAAGUUCAGGAGGGACUGAAAGAACACUGAGCAGACAGAAAACUGCCUUGUGACUGCAUUUGAUUGCUCGUAACAAGUGGAAAUGGCAGUGGAAAAUAGCCUUUAGCAUAACAAUAUGCAAAACAUGUGAAACAAUGUGUAAAUAAAUCAGGGUAUAAAAAAAGUACAUUUGAAAAAUGCAAUGUAAAAUUUGAAAUGACAAAGAAAACGCCCUGAUAUUCCAUAACCCGUGUGAAUCCUGUAUUUCAUAAUGUUGUCUAUCUCUUUUCUUUUUGUAAUUUAUUUUUGAAUGUAUUUUCCCAUUAAUUCUUUUUUUUGGUGUUGUUGGUGUCUAAGCUACACGGAGUCUUCACUAAUAGUAACUUAAAACUCUUUCUUCUAAUUGUUUAUAUCAUUGUAUUGCAUUGUAUAGUUUAGUUUAUUCAUAUAAAUCUGUGAGAAACUGCACAUUGUUUUGUGUACGCUACACUGAAAGCAAAAAAAAAUAAAACAUUCAGUUGUUUUUUC